AUGACAACCAGCACACCAACCCCCGUCACCUCCAUCUCACAGCCCCUCCCCCCGCUCCUCGUCAAGAAACUCAUCGACACCGCCAGCGCGCCCACCCGUGGCUCCGCAUUCGCCGCCGGCUACGACCUCUACAGCGCAAAGGAGACCGUCGUCCCGGCCAAGGGCAAGGCGCUGGUCGACACGGGCAUUGCCAUUGCCGUGCCUGAGGGAACAUACGGUCGGGUUGCGCCGCGCAGCGGCCUCGCCUCGAAGCACUUUAUCGAUACGGGCGCGGGCGUGAUCGAUGCGGACUACCGCGGGGAAGUCAAGGUGCUGCUGUUCAAUUUCUCGGAUGUGGAUUUCACAGUGAAGGUUGGGGAGCGCGUUGCGCAGCUUGUGUUGGAGAGGAUCUAUACGCCUGAGGUUAUGGUUGUGGAGGAGUUGGAGGAGAGUGUGCGUGGUGCGGGUGGGUUUGGAAGCACGGGUGUUUGA